GGCUGCUGUCCACGCACCACCUCCUCCACCUUUGUUUUUUUCUCCUCCCUCUCCCCGGUCAACCCAUUUAUAAUUUCUCCAGCGCUCGCCCGUCGCUUUCAACACCCACCUUCACAUUCACGUAUUGCCCCUGCUCCACUCCCUCGUGGAUGACCGAACCCUGUCGCUCACAUGGACGAUGAUGUCCGUCUCGGACGUCUGUCCUUCUUCUUCUAGAAAAAGGUGGUUUUUUUAACGUUGGGCCGCUCCAGGCUCUCGUGGGUGUGUGUCUUUGGAGAGAGAGAGAGAGAGAGAGAAUCUCGUAGUGAAGGCUUUUUCUUUUCUUGCUUUCCUUUCGGGUUUUUGAGCUUUUUGAUCGAGCACGAGAAAGGGAGACCGAGCUGAGACCAGAGAUUUCAAGAAUUCAAAUAUCAGAUUUUUCAGAUUUCAACCGCGGGGAGCAGCCAGCUACAAAGCUCCAGUCUUGAGCCUUUCCAAUCUGAAGUAAGAAGCUUUAGAGAAAGCUGAUGAUUACUCAAAAUACCAUCAACCCAGUUCAGCUCAGUCCAUUUCCAGUCGAGUAUGGCUUUCCAACAAGCAAUUCUUGCAAUAAUCACCACAGUCUCGAUCAUCUCUCUAGCAGAAGCUCGUAAUCCCGCGAAUUGCAACCGAUCAUGUGGAACUGGAACAUCUGUCAAGCGUGUGAAUUACCCAUUUGGAUUCUCCAGCGAUUGCGAAAUUCGGCUCGGCUGCGCUGACAACUCCGAGAUCAAAGUCGGGGGCUUUCGAGUCCUGAACUUGACCACAUAUAGCAUAAUCGUCGACCUCCCAGCGAAAUGCAACCGCCGAGUCGCAUCAAUUCAGUCUCUUUUUGGCAAAAAUUAUGCACCCACUUGGACAAAUGGAUUUCUAUUCCGGAAAUGUGAAGGAGCCCAUUUGAGUGGAUGCCUCGUGCCAACAAGUUUUGUGAAAAACCGAUUCCAGAACGAGACCUGCCGAGGAGAAAACAUAACCUGUUACUCGAAAGAGAGUAAGGAGGGGGUUGAUUUGAUUGAGUAUGGCAGUUUGAAUCACACGGGUUGUGAGUUCUUGUUCUCCUCCAUUGCUGCUGUUGACCCGGAGAAGAACUCCUUCGAGUUUCAAGCUCUGGAGUUGGGAUGGUGGCUCAAUGGGUCAUGUAAUUGCACAAAAAAUGCGACUUGCGUGAGAGUUUCUCUUGUUGAUGGUGGUAAAGGGUUCAGAUGUAAGUGUGAUCAUGGUUUUGAAGGUGAUGGCUUCGUCCAUGGUGAAGGUUGCCGGAGAGCUUCAAGUUGUGGCACUUCAAACUACUUCUUCAGGCCCUGUGGAAGAAGUAGAAGAAUUGGCAUACUCAUUGGAGGGCUUACUGCUGGAGCUUCCUUAAUGGCUACUCUUGCUGUUAUCUGUUUCUUUGCCCAUCGCCGGUCCACUACUCAGCGCAACCAGAUAAGUGCGAAGCGCCUUCUCCGCGACGCAGCCGGCAACUCCAGUCUUCCCUUAUACCAGUACAAAGACAUCGAAAGAUCCACCAAUGGAUUCUCUGAGGGACAGAGGCUGGGUACUGGGGCCUACGGCACAGUCUAUGCUGGAAAUAUCCACAAUGACGAGUGGGUCGCUAUUAAGAAGAUCCGGCAUAGGGACACAGAUAGCAUUGACCAAGUCUUGAAUGAAAUCAAGCUCCUAUCGUCCGUGAGUCAUCCCAAUCUUGUCCGUCUCUUGGGUUGCUGCAUUGAGCAGGGCGAACAGAUCCUUGUUUACGAGUACAUGCCAAAUGGAACAUUGUCUCAGCAUUUACAAAGAGAGAGAGGGAAAGGACUUCCUUGGACGACAAGGCUCACCAUCGCGGCUGAAACUGCUCGUGCCAUUGCCUAUCUCCAUUCAGCUGUGAACCCACCCAUCUAUCAUAGAGACAUCAAGUCUAGCAACAUACUCUUGGAUUACCAAUAUAGAUCCAAAGUAGCAGAUUUUGGCCUUUCCAGGCUGGGAAUGACGGAGACUGGGGAUUCCCACAUCUCUACUGCCCCACAAGGGACUCCAGGGUACCUCGAUCCUCAAUAUCAUCAAAAUUUCCAUCUGUCCGACAAGAGUGACGUCUACAGUUUUGGGGUGGUCCUUGUGGAAAUCUUAACCGCACUAAAAGUGGUGGACUUCUCCCGACCCCACAGCGAGGUGAACUUGGCUGCACUGGCUGUUGAUAGGAUAGGCAGAGGUUGCGUGGAUGAUAUCAUUGACCCGUUCCUCGACCCACAACGGGAUGCAUGGACACUCUCCUCCAUCCAUAAGGUGGCCGAGCUGGCUUUUCGAUGCCUCGCAUUUCACAAGGACAUGAGGCCUUCCAUGACAGAAGUUGCUGAGGAACUCGAGCAGAUAAGGCUCAGUGGGUGGGCGCCGCUAGAAGAGCACUUAUUCGCAGCAUCCUCAGUGGCAUCCUCUUGUUCCUCACCGUUUAACGGGAGCGAGAGGUCCUUUGGUGGCAUGUCGAUGAAGAGAGAGCCCACGAGUCAACGUCUGGCUGUGACGUCGAGGGCGGCCGAUUCUCUGGGCUCAGUGGAGGAGUUGAAGGACUCUUCCCCGGUUUCAAUUCAGGAUUCUUGGCUAAGUGAGCAGAGCUCGCCUUCGACAACCAGCUUGCUAAGUAACGUGGUUCGAUGAACUCGUCUUUGACCACCAGCUUGUGGACUUGCUCUUCAAUCAGUCUGUGAAAACUAUUCCGGGUUUAGUUUACAGGUUUCUGCCGCCCACUACUGCAUUAGCUAUCUAAAGAAUGCCUUUUUUCCUUUAUGUAUCAUUAGCCAUACUGUUUCUUCCCAGUACUCACAAGAUGUAGAUUACGUUCAGAGUAAACGGGCAACCUAUGAGCUGUACUCGUUUUCGAUUUAGUCAUGUAAAUCAAAUGUCAAGUUGAAAGACGAGAUGAUGCUCUUAUGAUACGCCGAGCCACGGCUGCAAAUA